GGGGAGCUCAGUAGAAGGCAGUCAGUUACGCUACUGUUCGGACGAAUUACUCCCGUCGCACAUUUUUGGGAAAAAAUUUCAAUUUUUCUUCUAUUUUUUAAGAACGCGUUAAAAAAAAUCGGUAAAAAAAGAAGCCAAGUGCUGUCGAAUUAUUUUCGGUCCCGCCAUCGAGAGCAAUCACUUUGUGUUGUGUUUAUAAAUUUAUGUUUACUUGAAUUUCCCCACGGACAAACUGCAAAAUGACUUCGAUCGAAUCGAAACGCGUGCAAUAUCGGAAGUAUCUGGAGCGGGCUGGGGUCAUCGAUGCCCUGAGCAAGGCCCUGAUCAAGCUGUACGAGGAGCAGAACAAGCCGGAGGAUGCCAUCCGCUUUGUGCGCAAGUUCAUGUGCGAGAGUUGCCCCGACGAUGCCCAGUACGACGUGAUGAAGAACGACCUGGAGGAGGCCAAGACGCACAUCUCCAAAUUGGAGCAGGAGCUUGAGCGGCUGCGCGGUCAAAUCAAAAAGUCACCGGAGGAGUACCAGGAGCUCACCACCGCUGGCUACAAAUCGCUCAUGGACGAUGAGGAGAAUGUCAACUCACUGCUGCGCAAGUACCUCACGCCGGAGCUGCUGGAGGAGUUCAUGCUGGUCACCACGCCGGCGCCAGUGGAUGCCUACCUAUACGACUGCGCCGUGGCCGGGUUCGAGCACCACGAGGCGCCCGUGGGCAUAUACGCUGCCGAUGCGGACAGCUACGACGUGUUCAACAAGCUCUUCGACCCCAUCAUCAAGGACUACCACGGUCAGAUGGACAACGAGAACGAUGUGCUGCAGAAGGAUCCGGACUUUGGCAAUGUGGACGAGAUCGAGAAUCUAGACCCGGAGCGCAAGUACAUCAUGUCGGCGCGCAUCCGACUGGCCCGCAACAUAGAGGGUCUGCCGUUCUUCCCGAAACUCAGCGAGAAGCAGUUCAUAGAGGUGGAGGAGAAGGUGCGUGCGGCCACGGAGACGAUGGAUGGCGAGUUAAUCGGCUCCUACCUGACGAUGGCGGACAUCGAUGCCGAGACCCAGGCCGAGAUGGUCAAGCGGCACAUACUCUUUCAGCGCGGCGAUGAGCAGCUGACCACCGCCGGCUGCUAUCGCUUCUGGCCGACGGGUCGCGGUGUCUAUCACAAUCCCGCCGAGACCUUCUUGAUCUGGGUGAAUCGUCAGGACCACGUCCACAUUAUGUCAAUGGCGAAGUGCGGCGACUUGGGCGAUGUCUACAAUCGUCUGGUGAACGGACUCGCCGAACUGGAGAAGACGCUGACCUUUGCGCGUCAUCCGCGCUACGGAAACCUAACGGCUUGUCCCACCAAUCUGGGCACCACCCUGCGUGCCUCGGUCCACAUCCGCUUGCCGCUGCUCAGCAAGGAUCCCGACCGUCUGAUCGCCCUCGCCGAAGAGCUGCAGCUCCAGGUGCGCAGCACCGAUGGCGGCGAACUGGCCACCGUGGAGGAUGGUCUCAUGGACAUAUCCAAUAAGCGGAAGCUCGGUUUCACCGAGUUCGAACUGGUCAAAACCCUGCAGGAUGGCGUUGUGGCCCUAAUCAACGCCGAGGAAGAGCUCGAAAUAGCCGGACAGGAGGGCUAGAGACAAUCUGAACAUAUCCAUAUCCCAUAUCCCAUACAUAUCCAUAUCCGUAUCAAGUACAGACAAACAGUAGAAAAACAGGAGCAUCUUUGGUUGAAUAAAUUUGUCCCGUAGUCGAAGCCAA